CUCCUGUAGGUGGCGCUGUGACGGGCCGGCAGUCCAGUCCAGGUGGGGUGAGACGUCUGGGAGACAGCUACUACUUGUCGGCCGACGUCAGCCAGUUCGAGCCGCAUGACGUGGUGGUGAUGGCCUACAACCACCACGUCGUCAUCCACGCCCAGAAGGUUAUGGAUGAUGGAAGCGUCAGUGACACAUUUACCCAUAAGUCCCUGUUCCCAGAGGACAUGGACCCCCUGUCCGUCAGCGGGACCCUGAAUCCUGACGGUACUCUGGUGGUCAGCGUUCGCCGGAUGACGACGUUUGCCGGAGCGGAGCCGCUGGUCGUCCCCACCUACCGCACUGAAGCACAUCUUUGA